GCGCAAGCGCAAUUCAUAGAGGGACUUCCGGUGUACCGGAAGUGCAACAUUAUCAACCGGGCCGAACAACAUCUUCGUCUGUUUAUAUUUUGGGGAGAAGUUUAUCUUGUUCGAGUGCUUCACGUACAAGCACGUCGCCUAAAACUAGAAACCCUCAAGACGGUUUAUUCUUAUUAAGCGACCCACAAAGCAAUAAAACUGGCCCCCCCACUGCCUGUCACCAUGCCCGCCCUGCUGGAGAGACCCAAGCUGUCCAACGCGAUGGCCAGAGCCCUCCACAAACACAUCAUGAGGGAGAGGGAGCGCAAGAGGCAAGAGGAGGAAGAGGUGGACAAAAUGAUGGAGCAGAAGAUGAAGGAGGAGGAAGAGAGAAAGAGGACAAAAGAGAUAGAAGAGAGGAUGUCCUUGGAGGAAACCAAAGAACAGGUAAUGAAGAUGGGGGUAAAACUGCAGGGACUUCAAGAAGAGAAACAUCAGCUCUUCUUACAGCUCAAGAAAGUUCUUCACGAGGAGGAAAAGAGACGAAGGAAGGAGCAGAGUGACAUAACGACACUAACAUCAGCCAGCUACCAGCCCAGUCUGCCCAUGCACGCAGGACAGCACCUCCUCAGUAUUCAAGGCAGUCCAGUCAGCCACAGUCGACCUGGCGCGCUGCUCGGAGAACGGAGCAAACAGCUGUUCCCCACGGGUGUGAUCCCCACACGUCACUAUCAGACUCCCGGGUUCAGCUCGGGCUCAGCAGAGCACGGACAGUUCAGCGGAGGUCAGGGCGUCCACGAGCCCUACGGAGUCGCUCAGGCCCAGCAUCCAUCCACCUACGCCCCCGGACCUUCUGUACCAGUCAGUUUUGCGAGCAGCUCUCAGAUCAGAGGUGCAUCUGCAUUUCAAGCCAUGCCGUACCUGCCCCACCAGCAGGCUGGUUACCCCGUUCACAGUCACUUCACCUCCCAGCCAGGAUACAUCCCCGGAGCAGGGAUUCCCCUACAGAAGCAGCUGGAACACGCCAACCAACAGUCUGGCUUCACUGAUGUAGUGUUCUCUCAGGGAGCUUUGAGACCCAUGCACCCUCCAGCCAUGCACCCUUCAGCUCCAGGCCUGCUGCCGACACCAUCGAUGACGGUCCAGAUCCCGACCGCAAAGGCCCCGUUCCAGAGCUCCCCCCAGAGCGCUCCUCGCCACGGCUUCAUCCCUCACAGCCAGAGCGGCCAGAGGUUCUACCACCACGGCAAGUAACUCAGCCAACGGCCGGCGUCGCUGAGGCUUCACGCCUCCGCCCCGGCGAUCCCGCCGGACGUGUAAUGAAUCGGCUUAACGGAAAAAAAGUGAUUGAGCCUGUUUCUGCCACACGGUUUGUGUUUUACUCCUCGUAUCUUUCCUGAGCUUUGUUUAUAAGUUAAAUCGUUUCUCCUCAAACGUUCAUGCUUCGGUGAACAUCCAGCUUUUCUUUUUUUUUUCUUUUUUUUAUGAUUUCAAAUGAUAUUUUGUAAAAUAGCUCACAAUUUUGUCUAAACUGUGAAGCCGUUGUGGAGGUGCUCAUUGUUAAUAACUUGUAUAAAGCCAGACUGCGCAUUUCAGAGUCCAUUCACUGUUGAAACAUCAGUGGAGAGUGUGUCUGUAGUUCACAGCAGAGGACUCUGACCAACACUACGGAUUACGCACACUUCUCUUUGCUCACGUAACCACGAAUCAAGUCCGAACGAACAUUUUCUAUCAGAACCACAGAGGAUUUUCAGUGUUUUCAUCUGCGGUCGAGUCCAGCUCCGGUCUGAGGCUUUCGCUUAAACGUUGCUAAAUAAACAAUAAGCCACAUCCAUUCGUUUGUGUGUCGUCUUUAUUUAUUUUUUUUUCCGGCUACGGAGACAUUCUCCUGCUCGAGGCUUGAGAGGACACCAAACAAAACUCCAAACAGCUCCGUGCGAGGGCUCCUGCCAAGGCAUCGACAAAUGAACAUGAGAGUGGGUACGCUCUUGAGCAGGUGUUUGUUUCUCUUUAACACUUUUAUUAAGGUUUCGGAUUAAAAAGAAACUGAACCUUCGUGUGCCACCUUGGUGACCUUUGUUUAACAGACACGUUUCAGGUGAUGAACAGAGAGGAAGGGCUUGUUCAGAUCAAUGGCUGAAAGGGUAGUAGUACCAUACAGAGAUACAAAAUCAAGUAUUAGAGCCUGUAUGGCGAACGCUGAACAAGCCUCAACAGAACAAAGCAGACCUAGAGUUGAAGCCCUUGAUAAAUCGGGGAAACUUUAAAAAAAAAAAUUUAAAU